GAGUUAAAUCGUAUCAAAAAGGAUAGAGAUGAAAGAGAACAAAGAGAAAAAGAAAAGCAAGAACUUGAACGUAUUCGCAAUAUGACUGACGAAGAACGUCGUUUGGAAUUUUUAAAGAAUCCUAAACUUCAAGUUAAUAAAGGACCAAAGGGCAGAUACAAAUUUUUGCAAAAGUAUUAUCAUAAAGGUGCCUUUUUCAUGGAUGACGAAGACAAUUUAUAUAAAAGAGAUUAUGCUGAGCCUACACUUGAAGAUCACUUUGAUAAGACUAUUUUGCCGAAAGUGAUGCAGGUGAAACACUUUGGGCGAUCUGGUAGAACUAAAUAUACCCAUCUAGUGGACCAGGAUACAACAGAUGCCUCAUCAGCGUGGGCUCAAGAAUCAGCUAUUAACCAUAAAUUUUACUAUAGCAAAGCUGCGGGCAGAAAAAAUUUA